AGUUUUCUUUUUCUUCAAGCCUUUCGAUGAAACAAUCACCACUCCCAAAAACUCCUCCUUAUAUACAGACAAAAAAAAGAAAUACAGAAAAUCAUCUUAUUUAAUUGAAGAAGAAGAAGGGUAAAAUUGAAAGAUCAAAUGGCGUUAACGAACUUGAUAUUAACAGUUGCGGGAGUGAGCGCGGUGAUACUACUGAUGAGAAGCGAUGUUAAACAAUCGGCUUCUAUCUUCAAACGGAACGUCCGACAAAUUCGUCACUGGCUUGAAGAAGAAUCUGCUACUGCUGCUAAGGAAAUGGAGAAGGCAAAACCCAAGGAAUUACCGAAGAAAGAUAUCCCCAAGGAUAAUUAAAGAUGGUGUGAUGGAAUUUCAUGGUGGCACGUCCUUUAGAGAAUUUGGUCCAUAUUAGCUUUCUGCUUAUCUUAAUAUAAUACAUAGGCUGCUACUAAUAAAAUUUAGAAUGAUAUGCGUGUAUUGUCAAAGUUUUCCUUCAGUUCCAUUUUGGGUAAGUGAAUUGUUUUGAGACCAAAUUCAUUCCUUCAAGGUUAUGACAUUCCCAUACUAGUCAGGAAA